GGUAUGGUAGAACACAACUGGGUUAGGGCACAACGCAGAAAACCCUAACAAUCGAAUUCGUUUGCAGAAAAACCAUGGCGGGUGAGGGGGACACAGCGAAGAAGAGGGUGGUGACGGAAUCCCUGGGAUGGCUAACGGAAUCCUCGAUAAUGCCCAAGAAGCACCGCGCCAUCGCCGGCGUCGGAGCAUCCUCACUCCUCGAAUUGAAGGCCGAACUCUACAAGUCUCAGGAAGAUUCCAAAAAAUCAAGAGAAUUAUCAGGCCCCGACGUCGAGUACCAACGCGCCAAGAACAAAAUCGCCACCAAAGACACCUUCUCCGCCAAAAACCGCGGCGUCGAUGCACGCGCUCACAAGGACAAGCUUGAGUUGAAAGCGGUGAGUGAUGGAUCGGCCAGCUAUGCGGCGCUGGAGAGGAAGGCUGAGUUGUAUGAUAAGUUGGUGAAGGGAGAGUUGUCGGAUGAAGAGGAUCAAGAGAAGUAUUGUGUGGACUUUUUCCGCAAGGGAAUUGAGCAUGAUGAGUUGCCGCCUCCACCGCCACUGCCGCCGCCGUCGAUGAGGGAUGUGUUGAGGGAAAAUGAAGAUGGUGGUGGUGGUAAUGAUGAUGGUGAUGAUUCUUUGAUGUUUAGCUUGAAGCCUGUUGGGCCUGGGAGAGUGGCUGGAGCGGUUGACAGUGCUGAGCAUAAGCGCAAUAUUAGGGAAGUUCAUGAAGAAGCUAAUCGAGCAAGAGAUAAGGCUUCUGAAAUUAAACUUCGAAGGCAGGAGCAGUUGGCUGCUCAUCGUGAGAAGCUUAAACAAGCAUAUCUUAGAAAGAAGCUGGAACAAGCAUAUCGUCAGAAAGACGCUGGAGCAACUGAUCACAUCUGAUGAAUCUGGAUCUGAGGAUAAACAAUCAUGACCACAGCACCAAUUGGUAUGCAUAACUUACGAAGGUUAGUGUUGGUGAAAAACCAAUACUUCAUUAAAGAAAGGCAUUAGGAGUUGAAACCUGGCCAAAAAAUUGUGUCAUUAUUCACUAAAGCUGCAGCAUUGCAUUGGUAUAUUGGACUGCUUAUAAUGCAAAACAACGGCCUCAAAAUAUGACGCAAAAAGAAAAUAAAAGACGGAGACAAAAGAAACAACAUUGUUUUUCUGUUGUAAAUAUGUAAUUUGACAUUGCUGAUUACAUCAGAUAUUGACCUGGGCUUUAGAAAAAACACUGUUGGCCAAAAAAUAUGAUAUUGACAAAGUAUGGGCAACAACUGAGCAUAAAAACAAUUACUCUGACUUGUUUUCACCCCUUCAUUGGGACACUGUACUCCUUUUCUCUUCGAUCUUUCCUUAGCCGUGAGAUUCAGCUACAACAGCCACAGAAAAAUAAUUAUUUGUUCUCCAUGUAAUAUUAUAAUAAGGGUUUCUUAAACCAAACCCAAUGAUGUCAUGUGAUAUAUGUAGCUGAUUUCAUUUAGUAGGAUGGUAUUUUUGUUCUUCAUAUGACAUCAAUUUUCAAGCGGAAGUUCUUAAUGUAUCAAUUAAAAACUGACUAUUUCAAGAAAUAUAGCCAUAAUGACCUAAA